GAAUAAAAACAUAAAUAAACAAACACGAAAAUUAAUAACAAAUCUAUUUAGAAUUAAAUAAUAUUAACAAAGUGGCUGAAAAAGUGCGUUUCAUUGAAAGAGCAAACGAGAAAAAUAAAUAUUAAAAAAUUAAUGAAAAAUAAAUUAAUAAAAAAAAUAAAUAAAAAAAAUAAAUUAAAUAAAUAAAACACUAUUGUACCUCAAGCAUAUUGUGCAAUUGUUUAUAAACAAAUUGAAAAAUAGCAUUUGCGUUUUUUAUUUCAAUUUCAUUGUAGUGCGUGUGUGUGUAUAUAUAUUUAUUAAUGGUGUAAUAUAUUUAGCAUUUAUCAUAUGCAGUCUGCGUGUAUCUAAUUUUUGUGCAGCCACUGGUACAUACAUAUGUAUGUAUAUUUAGCGCACAAAACGCACAGCAAAAAAGAAUAUUAAAACGAUUUAGAGCACACAUUUAAUUGUUUAACAAAAAAAAAAAGAAAUAAUUUUGAAUGAGACAAAGCAUAGUACUCGUUACCUUUAACUGCAUUUUAAAUGAAAAUUUUGUAAAAAUAAAACCAAAAAAAGGAACGAUUAUUGCCACAACCCGCAAGCAAAACAAUCAAAAUAUAUCGCCAAUUACAAGAAUAAAAAAUCGAUAGUUAAAAUGCCUGGGAAAGAUUUAUUCACGCGCUGUCAACCGAUACAGCUAUACAUUGUAUUGUCAAUGUCGAUAGCAUAUUUCAUCGUACAAUUGGUACUCAGUCACAUAACACAUGCAUUAACAUUAUUAAUGGCAUCCUAUCAUAUGUUAUGUAACAUAUUCGCGCUCACCGGUUGCAUAGUAACAAUUAAGCAUAGCAAAAAACAUGAUGAAAACCCUUAUGAGCAAUAUAUCAGUUCAACCUACGCUGGCAGUGAGAGCAAUUUAUCCAACGGCCCAAAUAAGGACAAAAUCAUUGUAGUAAAUAUGUCUGGCGCACCUUCGCCUUCAGCUACUCGUCAUCGCCGUGAAAUGAAAUUACGCAACACAUUUGGUUGGACACGUAUCGAUAUACUGACCAUGUUGAUCGUCUUCAUCAUACUUGCAUCGCUAUCGUUUUCAUUGGUUGUGGAGGCGUUACAGACACUCGUGCACAUCGAUCAUCAAGACACAAUGCACUUGCCAGUUAUUGUAAUGAUACUCGGCUUUGCUGGUCUAAUUUUAAAUGGUUUGACAUAUUUACUGAUCGGUGGUUAUACAAUGCAUCAGGGUAGCUUUUUACAUGUGACACCUAGUGGUGAUGUGGUCUUGGAACGUGUAUUAUCACCGAGCGAGGAAUUAAAAGCCGACGAACGACAGUUGUCCAAACCAAGUAACGAGAAUAUUGAAGCUGAUCGACAAUUAAAGGAUGAUCUCAAAGCCGAAAUUGGACAAUUACACUACGUGCCAAGGCGGCAAGGUGCCGUGGAGAUGUUACGUGAUGUCUCGAGCACAAUAUUUGUAAUAGUCUGCGCUUUUAUAGUGAACAUGGCUGAAGAUGAGCAGCAUACUGCCAAAUUUAUCGAUCCUGUGCUGUCGCUUUUUUCCUGCGUUUUAUUGGUAUCGCUGAGUUAUCCAUACAUGAAACAAUCUUGUCUCAUACUCUUACAAACUAUACCUGGCUCAAUUAAUAUGGAAGAUUUCGAACGUACGUUGGUCAUGAAAUUCCCCGAAAUUGUCAGUUAUCACGAUCUGCAUAUUUGGCAAUUGUCGGCACAUAAAUCAGUAGCCACCGUACAUAUAAUGUUCCAGAACCCACGACUCUAUACAAAAAUCAUUGCUGAUGUACGCGCUUAUUUUCAGGAUCGUGGCAUUACUGAGGUGACAAUACAGCCAGAAUUUCAAAAUGCUAAAUCACCGUCCGUAGAGUGCUUAGUGCAGUGUAGUGCCAGCGAUUGUGUGGAUAAGGUAUGUUGUAAGGAUUCACGCACAGAUCUGCGUGAGAUAAUCUGCACAUCACCAAAUGGUAAAAACGAUGGGCAUUUACAUAAACCUGACAAUUGCGAAAAUAAAGUGAGACAAGCUGAACCAAUUUACAUUAAAGAUGCUGUUAAUAACAAGACUGAGCAAAUAGAACAAGAGCAAGAAAUGCAUAGAGUGGAAGAGGUUGCGGAAAAUAUAAAUGAGGAUGUAGCGUUGAAAGAUGAUCAAAUCGAAACAACGACCGCUAAAAUGCCGAUCGAAGUUCAUACAAUUGAUAAAAAGGAACAAAUUACUCUUAAUGAAGGCGAAAAAGGAAAAACAAUUAGUGAUAUUAGUUGAUUGUUUUCCAUUUUUCUAACUGUGAAGCUACAUUCAAGCUGAUUUAAACCAAAUAUUACAUUUUUUAUAACUGCAUAGUUCAUAAACAAUUUCAGGAUGUUAGCAUAAGUUAAUUUUAUAGUCUUGAUACUGUAUUGAAGAAAUUAAAAUUUACUUGUAGUACAUGAAAAACCCCAAAAAGGUUUUGAGUUCGUUAAGCUGAAUAAGUACAAGAAAAAUAAUUUAAUUUUAAGCUUUUAAUACUAAUGGUCAAUGAGAGACGUUGUGCUUGUCAUACCUAUAUGUUGAAAUUAUUUUCGUAUUAAAUAACAUUUAUACCUACAAAAGUAUGUAUACUAAAGUUGUCAAAAGCACGACUUGUAAACGACACAAACAAAUAAAAUUUAAGAAAACAUUACCAAAAA